GGAAAUUAUUUUCAAUUCAAUGCGAUCCAGAGUUUCAGAUCCUUCAAUCUUUUGUUGAAGUUAGUCCAAACCCAUCAACCAAAUCAAACUGAGGCAAAAAUGGCAAAAUCACCAAUUCAAUCUCCUGCUCCAAACCCACUAAGAAGAACCCUAGUUAGGGUCUUAUUGAUGACACUACUCUGCUCUCUCUCCUACAUUCUGGGUUCCUAUAAAAACUCAAAUUCAAUCUCUCGCACCCAUUUCCAAGUACCUUACUGCCUGCAACUCAACCUCACAGUCCAUAAAAGCCCCUCACCAAACUUAGUUUUCGAACCCCACCAUAAAAUUUCUCUCCCUUCAGAUUCAGAAAACUCAGUUGAACACCAUUUUUUCGAGUUUUGUUCUGAGAACUUCACUAAUUACUGCCCAUGUCAGGAUACUGUGAGAGAGAGGCAAUUCAAUAUGGAGAAGAUGCUUCACAGAGAGAGGCACUGCCCGGGGAAGGAUGAGAUGAUCCGGUGCUUAAUUCCGAGACCGGUUGGUUACAGGACGCCGUUCCCGUGGCCAAAGAGCAGAGACUUUGCUUGGUUUAAGAAUGUGCCAUUCAAGAGACUGACUGUUGAUAAGAAAAAGCAGAAUUGGGUUCGCUUGGAAGGGGAUCGGCUGGUAUUUCCUGGAGGUGGAACUUCUUUUCCAAUGGGAGUGAAGGGUUAUGUGAAGGAGCUCGUGAAGGUUGUGCCAUUGAAGUUGGGUACUGUGAGAACAGCUCUUGAUGUUGGGUGUGGGGUUGCAAGCUUUGGCGCAUCUCUAGUAGACUUCAAUAUCUUGACAAUGUCUAUGGCACCAAAAGAUAUACAUGAAGGGCAAGUACAGUUUGCACUGGAUAGGGGACUACCAGCAAUGCUGGGAGUACUAAGUACCUACAGGCUACCAUAUCCAUCAAGGUCCUUUGAUAUGGCUCACUGUUCAAGAUGCCUAGUACCAUGGACUGGUGAUGAGGGACUGUGUUUGACGGAAAUUGAUCGUGUUUUACGUCCUGGUGGGUAUUGGGUUUUGUCUGGACCACCCAUCAAUUGGAAAGUAAACUACAAGGGUUGGCAGAGACGACCUCAGGACCUAGAACAAGAGCAGGCUAAUUUGGAGGAUCUUGCAAGGAGACUGUGCUGGAGGAAGGUUGCAGAACGGGGCCCUAUUGCUGUAUGGAGAAAGCCCACUAAUCAUGUUCAUUGUGUUAAGAAGUCAAAGACCUGGAAAUCUCCACGCUUUUGUGAUGACACCGGUGCUGAUGCUGGUUGGUACAAGAAGAUGGAGGCAUGCAUCACCCCUCUUCCAAAGGUUAAAGAUAUCACAGAUAUAUCAGGAGGAGACCUAGAGAAAUGGCCCAAAAGGUUGAAUGCUGUUCCACCUAGGAUCAGAAGUGGGGAAAUUGAGGGAAUUACCAUUCAGGACUUUCAUCAAGAUAAUCAUUUAUGGAAUCACAGAGUUUCUUACUAUGAGAGUCUUCUCAAAUUUCUCUCUGCGGGUAAAUACAGAAAUGUUAUGGACAUGAAAGCUGGCAUAGGAGGUUUUGCCGCUGCAAUGUCCAAAUAUCCUGUCUGGAUUAUGAAUGUUGUUCCUUUUGAUGCAAAAAACAGCAGUCUUGGUGUCAUCUAUGAAAGAGGCCUCAUUGGAACAUACAUGAACUGGUGCGAGGCUUUCUCAACGUAUCCGCGCACCUAUGAUCUGAUACAUGCCAAUGGGGUAUUCAGCAUGUACCUGGACAAGUGUGACAUUGUUGACAUUCUCUUUGAAAUGCAUCGUAUUCUUCGCCCUGAAGGAACCCUUAUAAUAAGAGAUCACAUAGAUAUCAUUGUGAAAGCAAAAGACAUCACUGAUAGAAUGAGAUGGGCUAGUAGGAUCAUACACAGUGAACAAGGGCCUUUCCAUCCGGAAAAGAUCCUCCUUGUGGACAACUCAGAACAGGUUGAUUAUUCAAAUGAUGUUGCGAGCAAACAAUAACUUUGAUAAACUUUUUUACAUCAUUAUAUUUAAUACACGCAAACAUAAUAUAGUUUGUCAUGCUUAUUUUUUCUCCUUUCUAUUUUCCUUUGCCUUUUUAUUUAGGGAAGUAGAACAAUUGACAUUGACGAAGAUAAGUGUUGUACAAUGUAUAAUUAGAAUGCAUAAGCCAUUUUAAAGCUAUCCA